CGAAUCACCAUUUGACGGGUUUCAUGGCAGUCCAUCUAUUUCGGUUCACUCGAAAAAAUGGAAUAGCAGCGAUCAUUCUUUGAUCACUCCACCGCGCUCGAGAGCGCAAUAUUCCCUUGGCUGCCGGCAUUCAUUGGUUAUGAAAUAAACAUGCUAGUCCCAUUUUUUGUACGUUUUGAAAGUUUCUCAUCCUUGAGAGUCCCCGACUUCUUGGCGACCUUCUUGAUGUGUUUCGUCUUGUGCCGGGCUGGUCGCUGUUGGAUAUUUGAAAAAUACUCAACGAAUUCUUUAUCUUCGAACAGAGCCACAACAUCGAGCUGGCACAUCUUGAUGGUAUUAUCAUAGGUCCCACCACCGACAUAUUCGUCRAAUGCACGGUCGUGCUCUUCUUUGGUUUGAGCCAGCCACAAGAGAUCGUCCUGUUCUAUUGUGUCGUCUUUAGCAGCCUCGUGUUGGAAAAAGAUUGAACGGUCUCUCGGCAUAGACGACGCAAACAAUGAGUCGUUUGCGGUAGUAUUCCCGUUUAAGGUGUGCCGGUACUUGGUAAGCAGAGCCAUUUGGACCAAAAACUUCCACGAGACGGACUUGUAUUUCGCUGCAAGGUUUGAGUCCAUGCACACCUUGAAUGUCUGGGCCCGGUUCGGGUUUAGCGGGUCAUGGAACCACUCAUCAAUCGCAUUGUACAGAUCCCACUCGGGACGGCCACUCUGGUAAAGCUCCAGGGAUGUUUUUGUGUUACGGAAUACAACCCGGGCGUGCUGCGUGAUGCGGUGCAUGUCGGGGAAAGUGAUUCUUCUGUCUGCCUUUGAUGUGCGAAAAGUCUCGGCCUGCAUCUCUGGAAAAUUUCGGGUUUCCGUGUUUGUGUUUGUGUUCGUAUUGUCUUGCAUCAAAAGAUGCAUGCAGGUUUUGUCGGCAGAUGGGAGGGCCUGGCAGACAAAGUUGGUAACAACGCUUUUCUUGUGGCCGACGGUGUCGAGAAUGCUUUCGGCGCUGACCACUUCUUGAUGGAGAACAUCGAAUACGUCAACAGCAUCGGAAAGUUCAGGCCGCGUCAUGAACUUGAGGUAGGCCCACACGGAUCCGUGGAUUCCGUUCAAGACCUGUUUGAAUUGUUUGAACCUGGUCCCCUUGACUUGCGCGUACAGCGGAUUAUCAUUGUUCCUGGUCACGGUUGCGCUGGGGUUGCUUACUUCCGACGAAGCUUCAACGACAUUGUGGUCGUAUUGGACGACGAAGUCCAGGCUAGAUUCAAUAAACUCGAUUAGUCCGGGGAUAUAUGCGUUGGCAUAUUCCCUAGGAUUGCCGUCAGGAUCGGCAAAAAGGUAGGGAUACUUGAGAUAAUCACGGUAGUACAUGGAGGGAAGCCACCGGAAUAGGUGAUCGUAACCAACGACCACCUUGACCCGAAAGCCAUCGUUCGCGCUUGUGGUCUGAUUUUUCUUCAAAAAAAUUCCUUCGAACAAUUUAUCCCAGUCUAACCCAUCAGCAUGCGUAUACAUAUCGUUCGAUAUAACGACAUUGUGUCCGUUUCUCAAGUGGCCCUCCAGGGCCUGCGAAAAUUCUUCAAAAUUGGAUUGCAUAGCCGAUUCAUGAUUACUAGGAAAGGUGUCGGCGUUGCGAUAGACCUUAAACUCGGUGUCAACUCCCACGUUCACGUCCACUCUGGACGACUGUAUCCCUCCCACAAAGUAAACGUUAUCAUCCAAUGCCAACUUCUCGGCUACCUCGAGCAAUCCUUUCUUGAUAGUCGUGGUGGCAGUUUUUGGUGGCCCAACAUGUACGACCAUCCAGGGGCGAGAACCUGUGGGUGCUGUCAUCGUUGUUGCUUCUGCUCGCUCUUGGGUUGCACCAUGUAAAGACACGACGCUUGUCUCGUGCUCGGUARUGUUCGAGACCAGAACUUUGCACAUUAUCAUGAUGGCAACGUAUGGAAAGAACAAAAUCACCCUAUACAUCAGUUCUUUGACACUGUUUUUCUCAAAUGCAACUCUUUGUUCUCGUCUGUGAUGUCCAGGGAUUUGUUUUUUUGGAGAGAUAUUCGAAGGUGUUCCGGGCGGAUCGCUGGGUGGAUCCCUUGUCAGAACUCGAGGCCUCAGAAGUGCCCGACUACUCAUUGGUUCUUCAAUGUCGGUUUUGUAUUCGACGGUGGGGUCUUGCUGACAAGUAUUCGGCAUUACAGAACAGA